GAGAGGGAGAAGGGGGAGAGCAAUGUCGGGGUGGGACGAGGGGGCGGUGUUCUACAGCGACCAGGCGCAGUUCCCGCGGGGUGGCGACGCCGCCGCCGCCUCCGACACGCGCCACUCCGCCCUCCGCAAGUUCAAGGAGUUCAUCCGCGGCUUCACCGGCCACAAGGGCGAUUUCCCCUAUCGCGAGAGCCUCGUCCACAGCCCCGACCGCCUCACCGUCGCCAUGGAGGACCUCGACGCCUUCGACGCCCUGCUCUCCGACAAGAUCCGCAAGUCCCCCGCAGAUUACUUGCCCCUGUUUGAAACGGCGGCUGCCGAGGUGCUCGUGAGCCUCCGAUCGAAGGUCGCGGGCGAGACCGGGGAGAUGGAAGAGCCCGUGACGGGAGAUGUGCAGAUCUUUCUUUCCUCCAAGGAGAAUUGCGUCUCGAUGCGAUCUAUUGGGGCUGAGUACAUGUCGAAGCUGGUUAAGAUUGCCGGGAUAGCGAUUGCCGCAUCGCGAGUGAAGGCGAAAGCAACUUAUGUAACACUAAUGUGCAAGAAUUGCAAAAAUAUUAGGACGGUUCCUUGCCGACCGGGGCUUGGCGGCGCCAUUGUUCCCCGAUCUUGUGAUCAUGUUGCUCAGCCCGGAGAAGAUGAAUGCCCGUUGGACCCCUGGAUUGCGAUUCCGGAUAAGAGCAAGUAUGUGGAUCUGCAAACCCUCAAACUGCAAGAAAAUCCUGAGGAUGUGCCGACUGGAGAGCUCCCAAGGAACAUGCUUCUUUCUGUGGAUAGGCACCUUGUUCAAACCAUCGUGCCGGGCACGAGGUUAACUGUAAUGGGAAUCUACAGUGUUUACCAAGCAUCUGCAGCUCAGAAAGGUGCGGUUGGUGUUAAGCAACCUUAUAUUAGAGUUGUAGGGUUGGAGCAAACUCGGGAAACUAACUCUUCCGGUCCUUCGACGUUCACUCUAGAUGAGGAGUUGGAAUUUAAAGAGUUUGCUCAAAGGCCGGAUGCAUAUGCUAAGAUAUGCUCUAUGAUUGCUCCUUCAAUUUACGGCCAUGCUGACGUCAAGAAGGCUAUGGCUUGUUUGUUAUUUGGGGGCUCGAAGAAGAAAUUGCCAGAUGGUGUGAGGUUGAGAGGGGAUAUUCAUGUCUUACUUUUGGGUGAUCCAUCAACUGCAAAAUCCCAGUUCCUGAAGUUUGUGGAGAAAACAGCACCAGUGGCAGUCUAUACAUCAGGAAAAGGUUCAUCUGCUGCUGGUCUCACAGCAUCUGUAAUUCGUGACAGUAGUUCACGUGAAUUUUAUUUGGAAGGAGGCGCUAUGGUUUUGGCAGAUGGAGGAGUGGUUUGUAUUGAUGAAUUUGACAAAAUGAGGCCUGAAGAUAGAGUUGCUAUUCAUGAAGCCAUGGAGCAACAGACUAUUUCUAUUGCGAAGGCAGGGAUUACUACAGUGCUCAACUCAAGAACUUCUGUCCUUGCAGCUGCUAAUCCUACUUCAGGGCGCUACGAUGAUCUUAAGACAGCACAGGAUAAUAUUGACUUGCAAACGACCAUCCUUUCCAGAUUUGAUCUCAUCUUCAUCGUCAAAGAUAUCAGAAUGUACGACCAAGACAAACGAAUUGCCAGUCAUAUUAUCAAAGUGCAUGCUAGUGGUGCUACAGCCUCGAAGAGUGCUGAUGCUGCAGAAGGCGAGAAUUGGCUCAAGAGGUACAUCGAGUACUGCCGUGUUAGUUGCCAGCCUCGACUAUCUGAAAAGGCUGCUGAAAUGCUGCAGAACAAGUAUGUGGAGAUCAGACAGAAAAUGAGGCAGCAGGCUUAUGAGAAUACUAAGACUAGUGCAAUUCCUAUCACCGUGAGGCAGCUUGAAGCCAUAAUCAGAUUGAGUGAAUCACUAGCAAAAAUGAGACUGACCUCCGUUGCUACACAAGAGCAUGUGGAAGAGGCAUUUAGAUUGUUCAACGUUUCAACUAUGGACGCUGCUCGGUCUGGAAUCAACGAGCAUUUGAACUUGACCCCUGAGAUCGCAAACGAGAUCAAGAAAGCUGAGACACAGAUAAAGAGAAGAAUGGGCAUCGGAAGUCAUAUGUCAGAAAGACGGCUGAUUGACGAACUUUCCAGGAUGGGAAUGAAUGACUCCAUUGUGAGAAGAGCCCUGUUGAUCAUGCACCAAAGGGAUGAAAUAGAGUACAAGAGAGAGAGACAUGUUAUCGUCCGCAAAGCUUAAUGCAGCUCUUAAGCCCUUUUAAGCCUAACAUGGCUUAACCUGGAAGCAGAUAUGUUGCGCAUGCUUGUAUAUGUAGAGAUCGAAAUAGAACUUCAAAUUGACCUUCAAAUUGACCUUCAUCGGGCGAAGCGGCUGGAAGAACUUAACCAGAACUAAGGACAAGUCUCUCUCAAUAGAUCAGAAGCCUCAGAUUCCAUGUUAACACAGGCUCUGAUGCAAUGAAACAUUCUAUUUUUAAACUUAAAUGUAAUUCGGAAUAUGCUUGUA